UUUUCUCUUUGAUCAUCAUUCACUUUUGCAAUUCCAGUCAUUCAUUAAAUACACAGCAAUUUACAAAUUUUUAAGUAAUGGCAAGCCAACAAUUUUAUCGUGAAGACAAUGCUGGAGCUGCUGCAGGCCAAAUCACCGGGGAAGCUCAGGUUAAGAGAGAUGAAAUCCUGAACCAGGCACCAAAUGCAUCCCAACAAACUCCUGAAAAUGAAAGUUCUUACGCCUCCCAAACCUCAAACUUCCUGCAACAGAAAGGAGAACAGGUGAUAAACAUGGCACAAGGAGCCGGAGGACAAGUGAUAAACAUGGCAGAAGGAGCCGGAGGACAAGUGAUGAACUUGGCUCAAGGAGCCGGAACGCAAGUGAAGAACGUGGCUCAAGGAGCCGGUGAGCAAGUGAAGAACGUGGCUCAAGGAGCAACUGAGGCUGUGAAAAACACUCUAGGAAUGAACUCAGACAACUCAACCAACCCAACCAACGCAAGUAACCCAAGCAACCCAUCUAACACAAGGAUCUGAAGUGCUGACUCCAAGCCAGCUCAAGCUAAAAAGCAAAUGCUGAUUUGGGCUGGUUUUUCAUAAGCUUUUUGUGUCAUUAAUUAUCUGCCCUCCAUACUAUGGAGAUGGUGUUCGAUUUCUUUCUUUCUUUAAUGUUGUUUGGGUGAUUGUUGUGAUAUGAUCGUCAUAUUAAUUAUCUUAAUGGUUUGUUAAGAAUAAAUUAAACAGUUGGGCUUUUGCUUUCAAAUUUAUCAAGAGAGCAGUGUAAUUGUGGCAACAAAGAAAAACUGAUAUUUAUAUAUUCAAUUGAACCUUUCUACCCAUAUUUCUAUCUUU